CCACGCCUGUGCUCAGUGCUCAUCGCAUUACCACUGCUGUGGCUGUUGUGCAGUAGCAACUAAGCAGGACUGCGUGCGUUAUUUGCAAUCCGUGCGCUCGAAGACGCUGCUGGACCGCAAAUCGCCGCGAGAGCAAGUCUGUGUGCUGCAAGGCAGAGCGGCGCACGGCGGUCGUCGAUGCGGGCGCUGAUGCUGUGCUUCGCCGCGCGGGGCGCGAGCGCGCUGCGUCCGGCGCUCCGCACAACAACAAGAACCUUGGUCGCGAGGCGCGCCGCGUACGACGUCGCGCAAGUCGAAGAAAAGUGGCAGCGGUUUUGGGACGACGACAAGACCUUUAGAAGUCAAAGAAAUGCUGAUAGAGACAAGAAGUACAUCCUCGACAUGUUCCCCUAUCCUUCAGGUUCUGGCCUACAUGUCGGCCAUCCCGAGGGCUAUACGGCGACCGAUAUUAUGGCUAGGUAUUGGCGCAUGAAAGGAUUCGACGUGCUCCACCCCAUGGGCUGGGACGCCUUCGGCCUACCCGCCGAGCAGCACGCGAUCAACACGGGCACGCACCCGCGGGAGACGACCCUCAAAAAUAUCGGGACCUUUAAGCGCCAGCUCAAGGCUCUGGGCCUGUCCUACGACUGGGAUAGGGAGUUAAGCACGACGGACCCGGACUACGUGAAGUGGACGCAGUGGAUCUUCCUCCAAUUAUUCGAGGCUGGUUUGGCAGAACAAAAAGAGGUUCCCGUGAACUGGUGCCCGGCGCUAGGAACAGUAUUAGCGAAUGAGGAGGUGAUCGAUGGCUUAUCUGAAAGAGGAGACCACCCCGUCGUAAGGGCACCCUUACGCCAGUGGGUCCUGAAAAUUACCGAGUAUGCGGACAAGCUACUCGCGGGUCUCGAUGGCCUAGACUGGCCCGCCGGGACACUACGUUCCCAAAGGGAGUGGAUCGGCCGGUCCGAAGGCACUUCUGUGAAGUUCCAGGUCAAGGGUUCUAGUGAGGACGUCGAAGUCUUUACGACGCGACCGGACACGUUGAUGGGCGCGACGUACGUCGUCUUGGCGCCCGAGCACCCUCUCGCCCUCAAACUAGGAAAUGAGGAUGCCGUGAAAGAGUACGCCGACGCCGCGGCCCGCAAGUCGGAUUUGGACCGAACCGCGGACGCGAAAACGAAAACGGGCGUUCCGACGGCUUCUUUCGCGGUGCACCCGAUAAGUGGAGAAGAUGUCCCCAUCUGGGUCGCCGACUACGUGCUGGGGGCCUACGGGACCGGCGCGGUCAUGGCCGUCCCGGCGCACGACACGCGGGAUUAUGCGUUCGCCGAGGCGUUUGGCCUGCCUAUAGUAAGGGUGGUGGACGGCGGCGACCUGCCGUACACCGACCCAGGAGUCUGUGUGAACAGUGGCGAGUUCGACGGGUUGAAGACGGGCAAGGCGAAGAAGGCCCGUGACCGGUGUGGAAAUCAACCAGCCGUGCUGGCUCUCGCGCCGUAAAUUUUGAUGUCCACACAGGCCGUGACCUACAAGCUGUCCCAGCUCGAGAGGGGGGAGAAGAAGGUCACCUACAAAUUGCGGGACUGGGUCUUCUCGCGGCAGCGGUACUGGGGCGAGCCCAUUCCCAUCACGUUUCCGGUACUUGAUCAAAAUGGAGCGCCGUUACCGGAGGGCGCGCUGGACCCUCGCGUUACGGAUGAGGGCUUCGAGAUCGACUUCAGCAAGCCGGAGGCCGUGCCCGUAUCUCAGUUACCUCUCCAGCUCCCGGAAACGGACGACUACGCACCCGGCGAGGACCCCGCGGGCUGCUUAGCUAGAAUAAAGGACUGGCGCUUCUACGUGGAAGACGGCCACUGGCGAGCGAGAGAAACGAACACGAUGCCCCAGUGGGCCGGGUCGUGCUGGUACUACUUAAGGUAUGCGGAUAAUGGCAAUGAUGCCGAGUUCAUCUCUCCCCAGUCAGAUGAGGACUGGUUACCGGUCGAUUUGUAUGUUGGUGGCGCUGAACACGCCGUACUCCACUUACUCUACGCGCGGUUCUGGCACCUAUUUUUACAUGAUCAAAAGAAAGUCCAGGCCCCGGAGCCCUUUAAAAAAUUAGUGCACCAGGGGUUGAUACUGGGCGCCGACGGCGAGAAGAUGUCCAAGAGCAGAGGCAACGUCGUCAACCCCGACGAGGUCAUCGCCGAGCACGGCGCCGACGCGCUGCGGCUGUACGAGAUGUUCAUGGGGCCGCUCGAAGCCGUGAAGCCCUGGCAGACGGCGCAGGUUUCGGGAGUGGUGCGGUUUCGGGAUCGGGUGUUCCAAGCUUGUGCUAAGGCGGCUGAUGUUGCGAUAGAUGAGGAGACUGAGGUAUUACUACAUAAGUCGAUGCGGAAGGUUACGACGGACAUCGAUCAGUUGGGCUUCAAUACUGCUAUAUCUCAGUUGAUGGUCCUCUCAAAACAUUUGGAGGGGAUGAAGGAGCCUCCUCGCGAGGCUUGUGAGAAGUUGGCAUUGAUGGUCUCGCCCUUCGCGCCGCAUCUGGGUGAGGAGUGCUGGUCCGUGUUGGGCCAUUCUGAAAGUCUCGCGGGUCACGCUUGGGUGGAAUGGGACGAGGCCAAGUGCGUCGACGCGACCGUGACCAUGGCCGUGCAGGUCAACGGGAAAGUACGGGCCAAGAUCUCGCUCGCGCCGGACGCGGCGGAAGACGACGCUCGAGCUCUGGCGUUUGCCGAGGAGGGCGUGCAAAAAUUCACGGAGGGCAAGGACGUCAAGAAGGUGAUCUACGUGCCGGGGAAGAUCCUGAACAUCGUGGCGAAGUAA